AUGAUUUUAGUAAAGCAUGCAAUUAUGUCACGACUAAUCCGAAAAAGAACAGACGAAAGUAUUGCAGUUUGUAAAGAACGUGCACGGCAAUCGUUGAGACCGGUAAGGGCUGGCAUGGCCGCGGGACCAGACGGUAUGCCGGCCAAGGAAUGUUCAGGAUGGAAGCUUAACUUAGAGGAAUGGAACACUCAGCCAGGAGACCUGUUCAUAGACUUCAGCUCUACAUUUAAUUAUGUGCAACCUCAUGUUUUGUUGAAUAAACAAAUCGAGAUGAAUGGGCUCUUCAGAGAACCAAAAGGAAUACAUCAGAUCUCAUACCAAUACAAAGCAGUAGAAAGAGCAGUAAUUUCAAAGGUCACUCAACGCGUCAUUUCCAUUCCGCAGAAACUGUUCCCCUUCGUCGUGCUGGUGGCUCUGGCCGUGGGGUUGGAGGCUCGGCGCAUUGAGCGGCAGGCUCCCCCACUGAGCACAGGCCAUUUCAGCGCCAGCCAACAGGGAGACGCUCUCACCAAAGUCUCUUCCAAGUCUGACACGAGACUGGGAAAAACAGAGACUGGUGUAAAGGGAAUGCUGGCCAACUCGGGCAAGCUGCGAGGAGCCGCCGACGCGCAGAGCGCCGACGGAGGGAAGACCCAGAGCAUGUAUGCCGGAGACAUGAAAGGCAAAGGAGGCAUGUGGGCUGACACCAAGUCAUCGGCGGGCCCGAAAGGACAGUCUUCCAGUACAGCGCUCAAGGGAUACAUCAGCGACGGAGGCGCCAUCUCGGGAAGCGUUGGCGCAGGAAGCACAAGCUAAGAAACGUGACUUGUUCCAAGUGUCGUCGCUGUGCUAGAGUAAGAAUUCCGUCAGAUGAUUUUUCUGCUUUCGUGUAUAAGGGAAUAAACAAGCA